AUGGCGUGUUUCCGCGGCAACUGGGAGGAAUUUUAUGGAGAAGUUCUCCUAUUGGACGAGAGGAAGAUGACACUGACGAGCGAGCAAGGCAUCAAGAAAUCGUCGAAGGCAGCGGCCGUCCUGCAGCGCGUCUUUUCUCUCCUGAACCUCGAACAAGUCGAGUUCUUCGGUUUAAGAUUCUGUGACAACAAACAGCAGACGCACUGGCUGGAUCCAUUAAAAACUCUCUCACAACACAGAGACCUCAUCGGGCCACCGUACAUUUUCUACUUUGGAGUGAAGUUUUAUGCCAAGGAUCCGUCUGCCCUGCAGGAGGAAACCACACGGUUUCAGUUUUACCUGCAGCUUCGUCAGGACGUGCGGCGAGGUCGUCUACCGUGCCCCGCCCACCUCAGGCCACGCCUCCUCGCCCUGAUGCUGCAGGCGGAGCACGAUGAUUCCAGUGAGGUGGAGCCGUCAGGCGUGGAGGAGAACCAGGAAAUUCAACACAUCUACAAAAGUCUCAGUGGGGUCUCUCGUCCUCAGGCUCAGCGUCUCUUCCUGUCUCUCUGCAGCUCUCUGCAGAUGUUUGGAGUCUCUCUGUUCACUGUCUACGGUGAGAACCAAAAAGAGUACUUCCUGGGUCCGACUCCAGUGGGCGUGGUCAUCUACAACAACAAGGAGCUGGUUGGAAAAUAUUUCUGGCAGAGAAUCAUCAAACUUCACUUCAAAGAAAAAACCUUCGAGCUCCGAACCAGAAAACAUGGUUGUGAGACAUCGUUCUUCUUUCAAACAUUGCAUCGAUCAGACUGUAAACGUCUGUGGAGAUGUUGUGUUGAACACCACACCUUUUACAGGAUGCCAGCGUCGAAUCCAUUAACAUACAAACUGAAACACAACAGUAUUGCUCAUUCGCCCACUGUGACUCGGCUGAAUGUCGACCACCUGGGAAACAAAACAACAACACCGCACACCAAUCAGACGGCGGUCAGUCGUGGACCAAUGGCAGUGCAGAGCGCGCCACCUGCUGUCCAGAGGAGAGACACUGAGCCAACAGAGAGACUGGUUUGUGAUGUCAUGGGGUCAUGUGAUCAGUUGGCUCCUCCCUGCAGGUCAGAGGGCGAGGCAGAGCAGAAGCCCAGUGCACCAUGGGAAAACAGCGGCCCGCUGAGGGGCCUUUUUAACCCAAAGUUUCCUCCAAACACCAAAGAAGAAGAAGCUGGAGGGCGACCUCAGAGGAGAAGCAGAAGUCUGGAUGGUGAUCGACCAAUCAGAGAGCAGAGGAUGAAGUCUGGUUUCCAUGGCAACACGAGCAGCGGCAGCGAAUCACAGAAGACACCUUCGAACAGCGAGCACCGCAGAAGAAGGAAAAAGAACCGGGAUCGCCAUGGCAACCAGAGACCAGACUCCUCCUCCCGCCGCCGAACUCGAUCACGCAGUCCUGACGCUCUGACAUGGAGACACAUCCAGAAGCAGCUGAUGGAGCCUGAUGGUUUGAUUGACAGGCAGACAGAGGAGAUACCGUACGAGGAGGUGAGGAUCUCGGGGCAGCCAAUGAGCACACGCCGUUCUCCGAGGAGGCGGAGCCAACGUGUGUGGGCGUCGGCCUCAGACCUCCGGUCAAAGGGGGAGCUGCUUCCUCCUCUUCCUGUUACCAAGGCAACCAACACUUCCUUUGGAUUACCAACGAGUCCCUGAAGCAACAUUUGAGUCUUUCUUUAUCACAUUAUAAUUUAGUAAUAUCCCCUCCAGGUAUUAAAGCACCACAUUUUAUAUAUGUUUGUACUGCAGCUGCAGCAUUAACUGGAUGUUAGUUUAAAUGUUGGUUAGUGACCUGAAAUCUGAGCAGUGACUCCUCUGAGUCUGUUACAACUAAACACUGAACAAGACAUUUUACUGAACAAAACGUUCCAAUAAACUAUCAUGAAGUGAAACACAGUGAAAGGCUCAAAGUUCUGAGACCAAGCGGAUGAAAACACAACGACAACAAGUUCACGCUGUUUUUAAAGUCUGCGU